AUGAGUAACGGAGUAGCACCAAAGACCAAAUUCCCCAUUGUCCUCGGCUCUGGACUGUACGGAAGCUAUGAGCGAUUUGAAGGGGCUCGAGUGAAGACCGUCGAAGACGCGAAGGUCCUGUUCGAUAUUUUCCAGUCACAUGGUCAUACCGAUAUCGAUACUGCACGCAUUUACUCUGCUGGAUCAUCAGAAGAGUAUUUGGCAGCAGCCGACUGGAAAGGACGGGGACUCAAUGUUCGUGACAAACUGUACCCGACCAAAGGAAAGCCGUUGGGGCAUUUGGGACCAGCAUACAGCCUUGAACCCGCCGAUGUGCGCAAAGGCUUGAUGGACUGCCUUCGGGCUCUGAACACGGACAAACUCGAUCUCUUCAUUCUGUACGCGCCUGAUCGAAAGACGCCAUUGGAAGAUACGCUGCGCGAGGUAAACAAAUUGCAUGAAGAGGGUUACUUCAUGCGGCUGGGAAUUGCGAACUACAUGUCUUGGGAAGUUGCAAAGAUCUGCGAGCGCUGUGACCGAAAUGGAUGGAUCAAGCCCGUCAUCUACCAGAGUCUCUACAACGUUCUCUCUCGUGCAAUUGAGCCGGAAUUGAUUCCAUGUCUGCGUGCGUAUGGCUUGGCUCUGCAUACCGGCCAACCCCUUGCUGGUGGUUUCCUCACUUCUCGAUACACACGCGACUUCCCAAUGACGGAGCACGAGGCGGGUUCUCGCUUUGACCCCAAAUGCUUCCAUGGCAAGCAUCACAGAUUCCGUUACUGGAACGACACCAACUUUGAUGCUCUUAGCAUGAUUCGCGAGGUGGCCAAGAAACACGAUCUGACUGAAGUUCAAUGUGCUAUGCGCUGGUUGAGUCAUCACAGUAUGUUGAACAAGGAUCGUGGAGAUGCUAUCAUUAUCUGCGGUGUGACUCCCGAACAAUUGAAGGAGGAUCUCGCAGCUUUGGAAGAAGGUCCGUUGCCGGACGAGGUUGUUCAGGUGUUGAAUGCGGCGUAUGUCAAGGUCCGCGGUCUUGUUGGACCUUAUAACCACUAA